AGUAAGCACAUGCGCAAAAGUGCAUUCCUGCCCCCGCCCCCUCUUCCGUGUGGGCUCUCCCUGUCCCCUUUCUGUCACCUCACAGUAGUCGUUGCCGGUAGCGGGUGUGGGGGCGCGAGCAGCGCAGGGCGGCCUCUCCCCCACCCCUCAGCCCGGGCCCGGGCUCGGUCCCCCCUUCUCCCUCCGCUUCGCACUCCCGUCGGGUACCGGAAGGUCCAAGCCGCUGCCGGGUGCCCGAGGGCCGUCGUGGCCGCCGUCGCCACGGGUCCCAAUGGAGCCGCCGAAUCUCUAUCCGGUGAAGCUCUACGUGUACGACCUGUCCAAAGGCCUGGCCCGGCGGCUCAGCCCCAUCAUGCUGGGGAAACAACUGGAAGGCAUCUGGCACACAUCCAUAGUUGUGCACAAGGAUGAGUUCUUCUUCGGCAGUGGUGGUAUCUCCAGCUGCCCCCCGGGAGGGACAUUGCUUGGGCCUCCAGACUCUGUGGUUGAUGUGGGGAGUACAGAAGUCACAGAAGAAAUCUUUCUGGAGUACCUCUCCUCCCUGGGGGAGUCCCUGUUCCGAGGUGAGGCCUACAACCUCUUUGAACACAAUUGUAACACCUUCAGCAACGAAGUGGCACAGUUCCUGACUGGGCGGAAGAUUCCUUCUUACAUCACAGACCUGCCCUCUGAAGUUCUUUCCACCACAGUCUUCAACAGAUGUUUUCUUCAAGAACACUCUGCAGCCCGUUCUGUCCUGAUGUGCCCCAAGCCUUGGAAGAGCCUUGCAGGCCAUCAUCCAGGCAGUAUACCCCGAAAGGACACAACACCCCCAAAGCCAUCUCACCUCCUCCCUCUUGUCGUUGAUUGCAUUCAGGCAGCCUCUGCUCAUUCCAGGACCAUGUCUAUUUGCUUAUUCUGACUCAGUUUCUCCUGAACUAUGGCCUUAUUUAACAGAGAUCCUGGCAGGUUUCGCAGGCCCAGCAAGGUGGGCUGUUUUUAAUAUCUGAGGAAGCACCUCCCAGGAAGAGCUUGCAUAGGAAACAAGACUGCUGUGGCAGGCUGGUGACGAGCCCCAGUCCGCCAGCCCUGGCCCUGCCUUCCUAUCAUUCGAUGAGUUUGCAGUCCCACAGCUCUGCUGAGGGAUCUAGGUUAUGGGGCCCUGAGCAAACUGGAGUAGCCAGAAUGUUCUUGCUGUUAUUAUUUUAUGGGUGGAGUUCCUGGAAUUGUCUGAAUUAGGUUUGAUAUUUCUAGGUUUCAUCUGUCUAUACUUCAUUCCUUUAAACUUGGAGAUGAUUUUCAAAAAUGGCAGUAUCCACUGAAGAAAAAGCCAGUGACUUAAAAGUUUUUGGGCAACCUUAUUUAUGGUUGUCGUAAUCAUGGAAAAUCUCCAAACUCCAGUAUUUGUAGUAUUUUUUCCAUCUGUUACUAUGAGAGCAACCUAGGAGUCCUUUAGAAAGGCAUUAAUGGCUGGGCCCAGUGGCUUAUGCCUGUAAUCCCAGCACUUUGGGAGGCCGAGGCAGGCAGAUCACUAGGUCAGGAGUUCGAGACCAGCCUGGCCAACAUGGUGAAACCCCAUCUCUACUAAAAAUAAAAAAUUAGCCAGGCGCAGUGGCACAUGCCUGUAAUCCCAGCUACUUGGGAGGCUGAGGCAGGAGAAUUGCUUGAACCUGGGAGGCAGAGGUUGCAGUGAGCCGAGAUCACGCCAUUGCACUCCAGCUCUAGGCUAGAGGUAGACUCUGUCUCGGGGUGAAAGAAAGGCAUUAAUACUGGCAACCUAGCAUUUGUCAUUUUUCCUGAAUAUUCCCUGUACUCCCUGGCAGACCUCUGUUCCCGAAAAAAAUCCAGUUGUUUGCUGUCCUCACCCCUUUGUCUUAUUUUUCAUAUCCUUCUUCUUUUGCCUCAGUUUCCCUGCUUAAAUUUGAUCUUUUCCUUGCUCACAAGAAUUAAAGACACAAGCACAUAGAGCACAGAAAGUUCUAGUUCUCUGUAUGUAGCCAGCCUACUCAAACCACAGCUAACCAGGCUCUAGAGGUGAGGCCCUGAGGAGGGAACCCCAGGAAUAAAAAUACAGAGCAGGCUAUUUCGGAGAUGCCCUCCAAGAACACUGGUGUGUGAGGCAGGUGGGAAACUUAAGUGAGGUGAUGAGGUGCUCUUUCCUUCUCUGCUGGUGCUGCUGCUGCUGCCACCAGUGCCCACUCCUCCUCCCUACCCGUGGGCAGCGCAGGGUGUGUGACAGCAGGCCACAUCCCAGAGCCCACCCCUCUCAUGUCUCUGUUUCCUUGCAGGCCCUUUGGACAGGCACUUCGGCCCCUCCUGGACUCCAUUCAGAUUCAGCCUCCAGGAGGGAGCUCCGUGGGCAGACCCAACGGCCAGAGCUAACAGGACUGCCUGGGACCGCCCUGCCUCACCAGGGCUUUUCCUUUUUAAACAAAACAAACCCUACCAGAUUUCUAUUUUAUAAUUUUACAUCAGAGCUAACAACCAGGGGACGGCUUUUUAAAUUUCCCAGGGAAGGAGACCGUCAGGCCGCAUGUAGACAAUGCUGCUAAGGAACAGAACAAAAUGCCACCCCUUCUAAUAGUAUUAUACUAAUUUAUUAAGGCUGUCUUGUCUGUGCGUUCACUUCGGACGCUGUUUCCUAAGCGUCCUCCACACUGGAGAAAGGGAGGGGCUUUGUUUAAACAGAAAGCGAGUCACAGUUUGCGGGAGCCCCAACCUAGAACUCUUCCAGAGAACACUCACGCUCUACCCAAGUUGCCAACACCUGUGGGACCCAGGUGAGUUUUAGAACAUCCAUGACCCGGAAAGUUACUCUAGUGUUAAAUGAACCAAAGGAUUUGGUGUACAUGGGACCGGUUUCAGGAUGACUAACCUAACCUAAGUGAACUCUUUAGCCCCAACCCUCACCUUCCCUCCCUAACCCCAAGCAAGGCCAGUGCUGGAGCAGCCAUUGCCUCAGGAUCAAGGGAGUAACAGCAAGUAUCAGGCCGGAGAAAACAGGAUAAAGCCAUUCCUCCUUCCACCUAGAUGGAUUGCCAAUCUUCUGCCAUCAAUUUUGGGAAACCUGCCUUUGUGCCCCCGAGGCUGCCUUUCCUCAGCAUAGCUGACUUGUCAUAGUGGAUGAGGUCUGGGCUGGAGCAAUAGAAGCCAAGGCCUUUUUUCUGCAAGUAAUGAUGUAGGUUAUUUGCAGUCUCUGUAACCACCAUCCAGGCCAGUACGCAGUAUUUAGCUGGGGACCAAGGGACGGGAUUCCCUACUCUAAGAAAAUACAUUGUAAUUAUUAUUAUUUUUUGAGACGAAGUCUUGCUCUGUCACCCAGGCUGGUGUGCAGUGGCAUGAUCUCGGCUCACAGAAACCUCUGCCUCCCAGGUUCAAGCGGUUCUCCUGCCUCAGCCUCCUGAGUAGCUGGGAUUACAGGUGUGUGCCACCACACCAGGCUAAUUUUUGUAUUUUCAGUAGAGACAGGGUUUUGCCAUGUUGGCCAGGCUGGUCUGGAACUCCUGACCUCGGGUGAUCCACCUCCCUUGGCCUCCCAAAGUGCUGGGAUUACAGGCGUGAGCCACCGCCGCCUGGCCAGAAAAUACCUUUGAUAUGGAAAGAAUAAUGAUGUGAGGCCUGGCGCGGUGGCUCACGCCUGUAAUCCCAGCACUUUGGGAGGCCGAGGCAGGCAGAUCACUUGAGGUCAGGACUUCAAGACCAGCCUGGCCAACAUGGUGAAACCCCGUCUCUACUAAAAAUACAAAAUUAGCCAGGCAUGGUGGCGCAUGCCUGUAGUCCCAGCUACUCGGGACGCUGAGGCAGGAGAAUCGCUUGAACCUGGGAGGCAGAGAUUGCGAUGAGCCGAGAUCGUACCAGUGCACUCCAGCCUGGGCGACAGAGUGAGACUCCAUCUCAAAAAAAUAAAAUAAUGAAGUGGAAUCAAGGUGGCAAGAAAAUUUAGAAUCGUUUCUGAUAGGGACUUUCCCUUAUCCUAAAUGUGUUUUGAAGGCACACAUUAUUUCCAUUGUCAUUCUGACUUUAGAAAGGCAGGUUGGGGCAUGAGCGGGCAUUUUCCUAAUGACUUGCUGCUAGGAGGUUAUAGGCAGGGAACAGUCUGGGAGUCUGUAAUCCAGAGAGACUUUCAGAUUCCCUCUCUUCACGUGAACCUCCAUUAGUUAGAUUUUGGGAAAGUGAGCGUGAAGAAGGGACUCAGAGCUGCCAGGUACCCAAGUCUCAGGUCUGACAUCCUUGCGCCCCUUCUGCCACAACUUCUUGCCACUUCACGGACUUGAAUUAUGUUGCUUCUUCCUGGAAGUCUGGCCUGCAGCACAGGCCUUUCCUCUCCAAAAAGCUGCUGCUCAUUUCUGGCCCCAUCUGCUGCUAUCUUUGCCAUCAGCCAUCACAGUUUGGCAUCAUCAGAGUCUCAGCUAGAGGAGCUGUCAUUCUGCCUUAGUGUUUGCCUGCGACCUGACCAGGGGCAUGACCAGCUGGGAUGUCAAGUGACAUUUGGGAACUUGUAGAGGCCAAAUGAUUGAAAGUUUAAUUCUUCUCAAGACCCACUGAUUUACCAGUGUGCAUGGAAAAUAAUAGAUUAGAGCAGAAACUAGCAGAGACUGUUGUAUAAUCGUGAUCUACUAGCAGAAUUGGGCCCAAAGAGAAAGAAUUUCUGAGGCUGGGUUUCUUCUGGGAGGGUAGCAGGUUGGUCUUGGCCAGUGCUCUGUUUCCCACCAGUGUUGUUCCCUUUUCCAGCUUGCCUGGCCCGGCUCUGUCUUCCAGGGUCCUGCUCCAGACCCCUCUGCCUGGGGUCUCCCCUCCAUCCAGGGGGUUCUGGGCAUCACAGCUCCUUUUUUUCCUUUCUCCUCUCCCAGAUCCAGUUUCAGCUGGUUUGCUUCUCCCAGCAAGCACCCUUAGGCCCAGGAGCAGCUCCCCUGAGAGAAUUUGAGUCACUGAUUUCCUUGAACAGCACCCCCCUUUAUACUAGCAGCCAUUUGUGCCAUUGCCUGUGCCCUAGGGUUUGUGGGGAGAGAGCGAGGGAUCACUGAGCAGUUUUCCCAGAGCUCCAUGGGAAGGCAAGCUCUCCCUCCCAAUGGGAGCCCCACUGUCACUAACUGUAAACUCAGGCUCAGGCUUCAACUGCCUACCCCCAUCCUUACAUUUCUGUCUGUCCCAGCACCUCAGGAGCAUUCUCAUUGUGGCCGGCUAACUCCGCCUGGAUGUGAACAGGCAAGCACAGUGGGAAAUGAGUCACGUACUUGUAUUGCACAGUGGACACCUCUAGAGGUCCAUUGGUUUAAAGGGAUAGGGAAGGAUGAGGGAUGAGACCAUCACCCCCUCCCAGAAGUAAAUCUGGUAUCUGAGUUUUCUUUAUGCCCUUGAGUCAAACUAAUAACUGUCUAGUACGGAGGUGUUUGCUGGUUUUCUUCGGUGUUUUUUCUAAUGCAAUAAACUCAUUUCUGCCUGCUGCA